AUGCGGGGGGCGGCGUGCCAGUCCUUUUUCGCCCCAGCGCUGGUUGGCGCGGUCGCCUGCUCCUCCGGGGGCGUCGCCUGCCUGCUGGCCGCCCUGCUCGGGCGUCGCGACGCCUUCCCGCGGGCCCUCGCCACCCUCGAGGUGGUCGACCAGCUGCUCGGCGUAGACCGCCUCCGCCUCCACCGCAGCACUCUGUUCUUCUCCGCGCUGGCCACUUCCCUAGCGGCGCUGUACCACGUCUCGCUCGCCGUCUACAAGAUGUUUAAGGGCGGUUACGUUCUCUUCAGUCUCGCGAGUAUCGUGGCGACGGUGACUGUGGCGCAGUUUGCCACACUGGUGGCGCUAAUACGUGAAAGAUUUUACUUACUGAACGAAGCGCUGAUAAACACUUUUGGUGCCAGUUCCAAUAUCUGGGAAGAACCGAAUGAAACGUGGCCGUUCUGUGCCACCAAACGGACGGUGACACAACGACACACGCCCGUAAUUGGCCACCAUACGCUUCAUCGACAAUGCCUAUAUUUCGAAAUUAUAUACAAGAUGCUCACGCACGCGGCUUCUUCGGUGAAUGACAUGUACGCUGUCUCCAUCGUCGCCAUUGUUGUCCAGGACUUCCUGUUGAUAACUGGACUUGCGUUCUACCUGCUCAUUACCAUCUCCUCGGCAGCCGCGCUAGAAGUCGAGGCACUUGUCGACCAGUCGUUCAUCGGGUUCGCCGUGGCAAGGCUCGUCUGCAUGGCCACAGCCUGCGAUUCAGCAGUGUCCCAGGCGAAUAGAACCACGCAGCUGGCGGAGGACAUCCUUCUGUUCCACAGAGCGAACGGCAACGAGGAGCGCGUGCGCGAGCUGCGCAACCUGGCGCGGCUGUCGAGGCGGCAGCCGGUGGCCUUCAGCGGCGGCCCGCUCUUCUCCCUGGACGGCCGCCUGCUGACCGCGCUGGCCGGCACCGUCGUCACGUACACCAUCAUCCUGGUGCAGUUCCUCGCCUCGGAGGCCGUGCAGGGCUGCCACCACUAG